AUGCUGGUGACCUAUUUGGAAGCCAGCCAGGACCUUUGCGAGAUGGACUCAAUUCUUUUUGAGGCCGCAUUGGCAGUCUGCCGUAUUAUAGGCGCCAAUGUUUCUACGGUUGGACGCGCUAUUAGACAAAGUAGCGCUAUCCCAGCCUGGAUAAUAAGAAUUAGGGAACGUAUCGCAAAGGCUAGGGAUCUCAUCGGCCGAAUGAUAUGCUUCAGGUCAGGCAAUAACAGGCCAACGAUUAUGUGCAGCGUCAUGAUGGUGUUUGCUCGGAUAAGUGAAUGCUCGGUGUUUGUAUUUGAUAAGCGCAUUGCUGAGAAGCUGUAUAAGCCAAAGCGCAAGGAGAGCAUGCUUGAGCGUAUUAGGUAUUGUGUCAUUCAGCUCGAGAAAAUGCGAAAUCCAAGAAUGCUUCAAAUUAUUCACUCCUUAGAAGAGGGUACUCAUACAAUUGCAUUCGCAUCCGAGUCAGUGCUAGCGAGCCUGCAUAACAUUUUAUCUUGGCACGAGUCAAACCCAGUGCUGCCGGGCGGACAAGCACCGGUUAUGCCUUAUCCAAUAUCGCUGGGUCCGCCAAGUUCUCAGUACCAACUUCAGCAAGCGCCACCUCAGCGCCCACCAUUCGCUAAGGAGUACUAUUUUAUUGAUAUCGAGUUGCGCUAUGGAUUGCUACAGAUAAUAGAAGCACUGCAUUUCUUGCACUACACCGCUCACCAGGUACACCGUAACGUGUGCCCUCAAGUGAUAAUAGUCACAAAGCGUGGCACGUGGAAGUUAUUUGGACUGGAAUUUGUCGAGGACAUCAUCAGCUCAGACCCCAUAGAAAUGAUAGCAGUGCCACCGUGGUCGAUUAAGGUUGCUAAGCUCUGCCAACCAAAUCUUGACUUUCUCGCUCCCGAAGUGCAAACCAACGGGCAGUGUAACAUACUCUCAGAUAUGUUCUCUUUGGGCUUGGUAAUCUGUGCCGUCUUCAACAGCGGCAAACCGCUCCUACAGGCCAAUAAUAAUCCGAUACUCUAUAUGAAGCAAAUAGAAUACCUGGAUCAGCAAGUGAACGCCGUGCUGCCGCGAGUGCCGUGCGCUCUUCAAGAAGCCGUGCAACGUCUCCUAUCCCGGGAUCCACACCCUCGGCCGUCUACUCAACUGCUACCUUUGAUAAAAUACUUCAAAUGCCAGAGUGAACCAGCUAUCCAGGCAAUGCAGUUUUUGGACGUGAUAACUAUGAAGGAUCCCAAUCAAAAAACAAACUUUUAUCGAGUUGUUCUUAUCGAUGCGUUGCCGUAUAUACCAAAGAAAUUACGCUGGCAGCACGUGUGGCCGGCACUACAACUGGAGGUCAGGACUGCCGAAGUCCUCUCUGCCGUACUGCAACCAAUUGUCUGGUUAACUAACGAAGCAACUCCAGACGAAUUUUCCCAAUACGUUUUGCCAACUCUGAAUUAUAUCCGCAGGAAUCUUAUGAGUUCCCCGAAGAGCGUUCAGGCGUCCGUCACAAUUUUAGAGAAUUUACAUAUCAUAAUAAAGAAAUGCCAAGGCGAUGAAGCCCAAACCGAUAUAAUGCCGCUGCUAUUUGCCGCGUUGGAUAACAACACCAACCAAAUUCAGACUGCUUCACUUAUUGCUAUCCAAAACGUGAUUGAUCAUAUUAACGACGAUGCUUUACACAAUAUUAUAUUGGGCAAGGUCAAAAUACUGCUCGAAAAAAAUCAAUGCGAUGUUAAGAUUAUCAGCUUAAUCCUUGGAUUCUAUGAAAAAGUGCUCACCCGCCUCGAACGGAAUCAUAUUCUCGAACUAGUAAUUCCCACUCUGCUGGCCAUGCGACUUAGUGACCCGGACAUUAUAAAUCGGGUUGUCAAACUUUAUAAGUCAAUACUAAUGGAAAGAAAAUUUGGUUUAACGACCAACGUUAUGGCGACAAAGAUGAUUCCUUCUCUUGCUCCUCAAACGGUUAAUCCGGCUUUGAAUGCUGAUCAAUUCACCAACCUUAUGGAGAUAUUAUAUGAUAUGCUGGAUAACAUUGACCAUAACCAACGUUACAAAUUAAAAAUGGAUGGGUUACCAUUGCCAAGCCCUGAACGUCACAGGCCUUUACGCCAUCAAAUGAGCACUGAUAAUAUGAACGCUCCACCAUUCAAUAUCCCCAAUUUACGUGUGGAGCAACGUAAAACCUCUAGUGCUGAAGAUAUGGCCCGCAAGAACUCAGUUGGUGGGCCAAGUGCCACUGGAAGUGUUGGAGCCUUUAAAAGUAAAUUCUCUCUCGGUACUGGCAUUGGUCAAUGGUUCUUUGGUUCAAGCAAUUCUACAAAUAACGACAACAAUUUCUUACGUGUCGGGAGUACUUUUCCCAAUCGCCGUCUCUCUGAUAAUACUCUAAUGACUCCUAAAAUUCGCAUUGCUCCGUCUUGCGCUUCGUCCCCAGGAGGGACUCCAGGAGGUAACUCAGGCUUACCAACACGCCGCCACUCAAGCAUUGGCCCUCAAGAACGCCGUGGUUCAGCCGUUAAUCUAUCACCACCAACCGGAUACCAGUUCAGAGGACGUGGUGGUUCAGGCUCGAGUCUAUCAGUGCCGGCAACGUCACAUUGUGUCGUAAGUGAUGAACGUCUCGUGUACCUGCCUGGCAGUGCGUCGUCGCUGAGCCCUUUAUUGAAUGUCGAUUCGGACUUGCUUAGUAUUCUAUGUGGACUGUCCUCUUCUGCGGUUGCAUCUUCUUCCCAAACAGACAGGGAGAGAUUAUGUGUCAUCGUUCAUACUAUCAUCUCACCCAUACAUUUGCACGAACCUGGAUGGCGUUCUAUCACACGAACUUUGUGCGUCUGA